AAUCAUACAUGGAGGAUCUUGACAUAGAAUUGUCGAAAAUCACAGUCAGCAAACCUAAAGUACAAGAAAACGAAGUCGUCCCUGACAAAAAUGCACCUAACUCUUACAAGUCAAACAACGCAAAAGAGAUAGAGGUCCUGAACUAUGCAGAGAACUUUCGAAGACAAUUUGUACACCUUUACAGAGAUAGGAAGCCUCUGUUUCUUGCACCUCCUAACGAGUUCAGCAUAGAGAAAUUGGUUUGCACUACGUUGAGACCCACUUUACUUCCAUACAAAGAGCUUUAUGAUUGGGAUGGUGCAUCUCAGUUUGUCAGUGAUUAUUUGAGCUACGUUCCACUUGAGUGUCCUAAUGAGCUUCCAGAAAGCUUGUUUUCACCAACUGAAGUUUUACGCCGUCAGAAAGGAAAUUGUUUUGACUUUUCCAAUCUUCUCUGUUCUCUGCUCCUCGGAGCGGGUUAUGAUGCUUAUUGUGUCUGUGGGUACGCCACCAAAGAGGUAACUCUGAUGGAUCAAAGUCGGAGUCAGUGUCCUUUGUUGAAAAAGAAAGAUACCGUUCUAAAAGAAGAAGGCAAGGCAAAAGAGAACAAGUAUGAUGUUAAACCUCCUCGAGAUCUCAGAAGCAAAUAUCUUAUCAAGAUGGAGGAACGCACAGUGAAGGAGCGUCAAGAUGAAGAGCAGCGUGUCAAAGAUGCAGAACUUGCGCGCAUCGCUGAGCUGGAGAAACCUGCUCCUGAUGAGUUAUAUGGAAUGAGAGUUCAUUGCUGGGUCCUUGUGUUGGCUGGUAAACGUGAGGUGCCCGAGAAUUUCUUCAUUGAACCGACGACUGGUAACUGUGUUGAAGCAGACGAAUAUCUUGGUAUUGAAACUCUGUGGAACAAUACCAACUACUGGGUGAACAUGCAGGACUGCUCUCAUGGUAUUGGGGAGAUGAGCUAUGACCUGGGAGACAUUGCACGCUGGGAGUUCAUGUUUCCACAUAACGAUAAGCCACUGUUGAUGCUGCCUGGAGAGGAAGAGUAUGACAUGCCACUUGAUGAGGAGGAGGACGAGGUUGAAGAAGAUUCAGAUAUGCCUGGUUCUUGGGUCAACGAGAUCACCAUUCCUUUGGAAGAUCUGCAACGAAGAUGUCCCCAAGGAAAGAGGACAAUACUGUACAAGCAAGCCAAGUAUGAAAUAUUUGCUGAGUACUUGAUGCAGGAUGGUAUGGUUUCAAGGCUCACUGAAUACGCGGAUAGUGCACUGACACAGCCUGUGAAGUCUAUGGAGUGGUUCAAACACCGUGUAGAUAAACUAGAGACGAGAGAAACUGAUCUCGUCACAAACAAGGUAACAGAGACGUAUGGUGCUGGACGACAGCGUGCUCUGAGACAACACAUUUAUUAUUCCAACCAGACUGGAUCUGAGGCUACUCGUAUUAUGGAGUUUGAUGGCAGUGCUCGUACAGACGGCUUGAAGGCAAGGGAAGAAACGCCGGCUAAGUUAACCGAGCAUUACUGCGAUAGGGACGACUGUCUUACUAAACGACUGGUCAAUUACACGAAACGAGUUAAGAAGUUCGGACCCGCUGAGGGAAAUGAGAAACCAGUAAAUCAAGUCACGGAGUUCUACAGCAGGGAUCCCUCUAUUCCAGCUGACGAUGAUAUCGCUGAACUUACUUUCUUGUUGAACGAAGAAAAGAUAUUCAUUAAACACCAUCUACAAGAUCAGAGAAUAAUAGCCAGCACACACGAAUACCUUAAACCACAACAAUCAGAAGAUAAGGGGCAGGUUCAGAUAACCACAGACAUGGUCUCUUCCUUCCAGGUAGAAAGAAGGGCUAAAAAUCCCAAACUUAUGCACAUAUACCAAACGAUAAUGAGUUUGAUUGAAAAGGAAGAGCGGUGUAUCGAGAACGUCAGAAUCAGCGAACAAGAGGUACGAGAUGUGCUGGAACAAAGGACACAAGAAGAGUUGACCACUGAACUGAGUGUGUCCAUUUACGACACAGCUAGAAACGACACCGCCAAGAAGAGGCGGGAAGAAAUAGAGCGUAAGAAGCGAGAUGAUGAAGCCAGGCGCGAAGAGAUGGAGUUAGACUACCUCGCUCCAUUCCUGGCUAGAAUAGGUGAUCCCGCUCAGAUGACGGCAGAACUGGCCCAACAGCUCAAGGAAGACUGUUUAGAAGACCUCAAACAGAGACUGAUCGACAUGGCUAACCUCAUUCAAGGCCGCUUUGAAAAGGAAACACAGCAACUGCAGUGGAAACAGAACUGGUACCAGCAGAACCAGACAACGAUGACUAAAGAGGAGGAGGAGGAAUAUGUCAGUUACUGCAGUGAAGCCAUGUUCCGGAUACAUAUCUUAGAAGAGCGACUUAACAGGCACAAAGAGCUGGCCCCCCAAAAGUACGUGGCUCUGGAAUCAAGACUCAGAGGUGACAACAGACUGGCGGAGUUUCUUAACUGAUGAUAAACUCAGAUUUGCACGGGACCUUCUGGUAACCGGGUUUCUGGAAUAUUCCCUAAUUUUAGUGUCGUUUAUUUCUCAUUUUUUGAGGUUUCUGCUAGGAAACUCCCACUUUUGAAGCGAGGAUAAACUGAUAUUAUUCACAGUAAAACGACGAUUUUAUAGUUGAAAUGAAAUUUAUUGUGUAAAAAGUGUACAUACGGAGAAAAUUGAUUUAUAUGGUGAUGA